AUGGGAGAUAUUAAUUCUGAGCGGUCUUUGUCUGAACGGGAAAUAGAAGAUGAUUAUCAUGAACAAAAUAAUAAAAGAAGAAGACUAACCUCUACGUCAUCGUCAGAGGACCCUACAGAGUUGGAAAGCCAACAACAAGAAAUUGAUGAAAUAUCUGGCAAUAUUGAACCUUCUCCUAUAAAUAUUUUAAAUGAAACACAAACCCCUCCUGCACUUCCGGGACCAACCCUUAACCUUGAAAACUCUGAUCUAGAAGAGGUAGAAGAUGUAGAAGAAAUCGAUGAUGCUGAUGAUGAUUCACUUGACUUAUCUCGUGCAUUAGAGGAAAAUGACCACUCAACUGCAAGUCCAGAGUUAAUAGAUGAACCAGAUGAAGUAAUCAAUCUAUCGACACAGGUAUUCUCAGCUGACACCUCUUUACAUGGAACAAAUAAUACUGCCACCACGACGACGGUUCCUACCACAGAUACAGCGAACGAUGGAAAUAGUAUAGAAAUGGCUCGUACAGAACCGCGAACUCGCCACACAUCUUCAAGUGCCGGCUUCGAUACUUUAAUGGAAGCAAUAGAUUUAGAUGCUGCAGAACAACAAGUGAUUGAAAUUGUAGACGAAGAACCUGAAAAUGAAAAAGAAAAAUCACAACAACACGAACCAAACAAGCCAUUAACAGCAUAUCAAUGUCCCAUUUGUAUGGAUCCUCCUGAUGAGGCACUUCUUACACCUUGUGGUCAUGUAUUUUGUUGCGAUUGCUUGUUUCAAAUGGUUAAUAGUUCAAGAACAAACAGACGUGAUGGACAUUGUGCACUAUGUAGAAGCUCUGUGAAAUUGAAAGACGUUAAAUUGAUAAUACUGCGAAAGAAAAGAGUGAAAAGAGUUGAAUCAACUGUUACGUAA